AUGAGGGUGUCACCUUUGCGGUUGGGGGCGCUGGCGCUGUCAUUGGGGGUGCUGGCCCUGCUCUACGCAACGCGCUGCCCGCCACUGCUUGAGGCGACCCCAACGCCGGUGCGGCCGCGAGCGGUGGCGGAAGAGGCGGGGGAUGCCUUGAUCACCUACUAUGAUCGCAAGCAGCAUGCUGCCAUGCUGGAAAUGCAUCGGCUGAACGAUUUUCGCAAGGAUGUUGGCCAGGCUUUACGGCGCGAGGCGCAUCAAAGCGAGCUACGACGCGCACUGUGUCGAUACUGCCUCCCAGCCGACUUGACGGUAGCAACAUACAACUUGUUUGGCCUGCGCCUGGCGUGGGAAACGCGGUGGACGGGCAUCUGCAAGAUCUUGGGCAAUGUGCAGGCUGAUGUGCUGGCGCUGCAAGAGGUGAUGAAACACGAGCCCACCAGCACGCAAGCGCACCUAUUGGCUCAAGAGCUAGGGUAUGAAUACGUAUAUUACGCGCGGGCCCACGAAGCGGAUCCCAAGGAGGGGGGCGAGGAGGGUUUGGCGAUCGUAUCGCGCUUCCCGGCUGCAGUGGUGCAGACGGUCCCGCUUACGCCCAUGCCUGGGAGCGUGGAUGCCAACGCACGUGUUUUUUUGCAUGCCCGCUUUGACACCAUUCCGGCGCUAGCGGGGGAGUCGCUCCACGUGCUGGCCAAUCAUUGGACGUAUGAUGCCACGGCUCAGUGCCAUGCCGCACGCGAGCUGCUGGCAUACCUCGAUGCGCUGCCUGCUGCAGACCACGUCGUGCUUCUGGGGGACCUCAACAUUUAUGUCAACUCAGAGUGGCCGCUAGAUUGGCUGACGAAUCGCGUACCAGCGCCACUGCGUGAGCAUACCGUCAAUCGCUGCGCGGAGGCCAUGCGCCAGUAUCAGGCGGGCCAAAGUGACAGCGCGCGGCGGCCCGCAUUUCGCGAUGUGUGGCACACCUCCUUUGCCUGGGAUCCCGGCUGGACCUUUACCAACUUUCACUACACAAAUCGGACCAAUCUGUACGAGCGAGCGACCCGCCCCGACCGUAUUUUACUGCGCUCCGAGGCACUGGUGGAACGGGACGUCUACCUGUUUGGGGACGCGCUGGAUGGCUUGGUGCAGCCGCACCUGUAUGCAUCGGACCAUCGCGGGGUGGCCACCACCUUUGCCGUGCGGCCAGGUGGAGCAAAGGAGUGGCCCACUGGCUGGGCAAGGUUGCAUUACCCGGCGCUGUUUGACGGCGACGGUUCAGCUCGUGCCCCCGCGCUGCGCGUGCGUUUCACGGGCAAGCUGGUGCGCAGUGCCGAGGAGAAGCCACCCGCUCAUUUACCACUGAAGGAAGGAGUGGUGAUGGAAACCCCAAUGCCAGGACACAGUGUGACCCUGAUGCUACAGCGCCCUGCCCGCGUGAGCCGGGUGACCCUUCGCUUUGGUGGGUGUGCCUCGCCACACGCAGAGCCCGGGUUGGUGGGCACUAUUCCAGAGAAGUAUGCCGUGCUGGAGGCAUUGUAUUACGAGUCGGCGCGGAUGGACUCUCCCUCAUGGUCUCCCUUGGCGGGCGUGGUGGUUGGCUCCACGGGCACUUGGCAAUGGUCCCAGCCCCUGGAUCGGGUGCUGCUGCACUCUGAGUCAAGCUGGCGCUCUGUCCUGGACCUCGAGCCCUCACACCACUUUCCCCUGCACGCUGUUCGCCUGCGCUUCACGGCCGCAGUGGACCACCCCGUCCUCGUUUGCCACCUCGGGGUCGAGAUAUGA